UCAGGACUUUAGCCAUGACAUCAGAACUUGGACGCACCUCUCCCUCCCUCUCCUGGUCUCGCUCUCUCCAUCUGUCAGUCAUCGUGCAGCAGAAGGCAGGGAGUCAGAGGGGAUAGCAGCCAUCCACAUCCACACGCGGGCCGGAGGGAGCACACACAUCUGGAGAGGGGAAGGACGGACGGAGGACACAGGUAGAAGGGUCAGCAGCGCUCCAGAGAGCCCCCCGACGAGCCCCCAACACAACUUCUCCUGCGGAAGAGGUGAUCCAGGAAUCCGUCCUACUAUUUUAAGAUGUCCCUUCUUUCAUUAUCUCUCAUUAUCAUCCUUUUUGGAGGAUCCCUUUCGGCUCCUUCCACUGCUCCCCAGCUUCGAUGUCCAGAAGGGGAAGGGGUCCGAGACCUGCUCAAACGUCUGAUGAUUUUGGAGAAGUUGGUCAGGGACAUAAAAGGCCAAUGCUCCUCGAGCUGCUGUGAUAAAGUUCAAAGUGGAGCGGAUGACCCCGCCAGCCUGAAGCCUCCUCCCUGUGCCCAGACGGCUGAGGAUUGCCCUGGAGGUUGUGGUGGUGAUGCUCAGGGCACCUGUGUAGAUGGGCAAUGCCAGUGCAAAGAUGGUUAUAUGGGGGACAAAUGCCAGCUACAAACCUGCCCCGAGGACUGUAAUGACCAAGGCCGGUGUGUGAAGGGCCGGUGUAUCUGCUUUGAGGGAUUCUCUGGUGUGUCUUGUGGUUUUAAAGCUUGUCCCAACAACUGUCACAGUCAUGGACGGUGUGAAGACGGAGCAUGUGUUUGUGAAUCUGGAUUCACUGGAGAAGACUGCAGCAUUAGAACCUGCCCCAAAAACUGCAUGAAUCAUGGGAAUUGUGAAGGGGGCAUCUGUGUCUGUCAUUCAGGAUUUUCUGGUCCAGACUGUGGUAAAAGGACCUGCCCCAGGAACUGUCUAAAUAGAGGAAGGUGUGAAAAUGGAGUCUGUGUCUGUAACCAAGGUUUCUUUGGGCCAGACUGCAGUUCAAGAGGUUGCCCCAAUAAUUGCCAAAGCCGUGGUGAUUGUGAAGAUGGGGUUUGCGUUUGUGAUACUGGAUUUACAGGUCCAGACUGCAGUAUUAGAACUUGUCUUAAUGAUUGCAAUGGCAAUGGCAGAUGUGAAGAUGGGGUUUGCUAUUGUGACAGUGGGUUUUUUGGAGAGGACUGCGCGUAUAAGGCCUGUCCUGAGGACUGUAAUGAACAAGGACAAUGCAUUUCCGGGAAGUGCAUAUGUGACCCUGGUUUUGUUGGUCCAGAUUGUGGGAUCAGAGUCUGCUCUGAAGAGUGUGAGAAACGUGGGCGAUGUGAGGACGGGGAAUGCAUUUGCAAUCCAGGGUUCACUGGGCCUGAAUGUGAGAUCAGGACUUGCCCUGAUGACUGUAACAACCAGGGUAGAUGUGAAGAUGGUCAGUGCAUCUGUUAUUCUGGAUUCACAGGAGUAGAUUGCAAAUCCAGAACUUGUCCCAACAAAUGUCACAAUCGGGGUCAGUGUGAAGAUGGUGUAUGUAUCUGUAAUUCUGGAUUUUCAGGACCAGAUUGUGGGUCUAAAGCUUGUCCAAGGAACUGUAGUGGUAACGGACAGUGCAUCAAUGGCAAGUGUAUUUGUAAUACUGGCUUUGUUGGUCCAGUCUGUGGGACCAGAACUUGUCCAGCUGAAUGCAGUAGACAUGGUCGAUGUAUGAGGGGAAUUUGUGUCUGCUCCCCUGGCUACACUGGAGUGGACUGCAGUAUUAGAACCUGUCCCAAAAACUGUCACGACAGAGGUCGUUGUGAAGGUGGAGUAUGCUUCUGUGAAUCUGGGUUUACUGGUCUAGAUUGUGGCACUAAAACAUGUCCCAAUAAUUGCUAUGACCGGGGCCACUGUGAAGACGGAGCAUGCAUUUGUGAUUAUGGGUUUACAGGUGUAGACUGUGGUACUAGAACAUGCCCGAAUGACUGCCACAAUCGGGGUCGAUGUGAUAAUGGAGUCUGUAUUUGUGAACCUGGAUAUGCAGGUCAGGAUUGUGAGUCUAGAACAUGUCCCAAUGAUUGUCAUAAACGUGGCAAGUGUGAAGAUGGGAAAUGUGUCUGUAACGUUGGUUAUAUGGGUCUAGAUUGUGGCUCUAGAACUUGUCCCAAAGACUGUAACAACCAAGGUCAGUGUGAAGAUGGCCAGUGUGUUUGUGAUUCUGGUUACACAGGCAUAGACUGUGGAGCUAGGACAUGUCCAGAUGACUGCAAUGAUCAUGGAAGAUGCAAUGAUGGAAAGUGCGUCUGUUACACGGGAUAUACUGGACCUUACUGUGAGUCAAGAACUUGUCCCAAUGAUUGCAACAAUCGAGGCUAUUGUGAUGAUGGGAUUUGCCAGUGUGAUCCUGGAUUCACUGAUAUCGACUGUGGCCUUAAAACCUGUCUCAACGACUGUUCGAACCAAGGCCAAUGUGAUGAUGGAGUGUGUGCUUGUGAUUCUGGGUACACUGGUCCAGAUUGUAGCUCUAGAACAUGUCCAGAGAACUGCCAUAACCAAGGAAGGUGUGAUGAUGGGAAAUGUGUCUGCAAUUCUGGGUUUUCAGGUGUGGAUUGUGGAUCUAGAACUUGUCCUGACAACUGUCAUGCCCACGGACGCUGUGAAAAUGGUAUCUGUAUCUGUAACCCUGGAUAUACAGGACCUGAUUGUGGCUCCAGAGCUUGCCCCAAAAACUGUAACAAUAAUGGGCAGUGCGUGAAAGGUAAAUGUGUCUGCAAUCCUGGUUACAGUGGGCCAGUCUGUGGAACCAAGAGUUGUCCAGAAAACUGCAGUGGACAAGGAAAAUGUACAAAUGGCAUCUGCGUAUGUAAGAAGGGCUUCAGUGGUCCUGACUGCUCAUUGGAAGCUACAGAAGUGUUUACGAUCACAGGUCUUCGUGUGACCUUACAAGAAGAGUCAGCAUUCACCUUGGAGUGGGACCAACCCCAAUCUGCCCCUGACUCUUAUGACAUCGCUUUUACAGCCAAGAAGGAAAAUGGAGUUAUAACCAAUACCAUCGAUGGCUCAUUGACCACAUAUCACCAAACCGGCCUUGCUCCUGGAGAAGAAUAUAUCAUCAACAUGCAACCACGGAAAGGCUCAACACUAGGGCCCGAAACAUCUAUAACGGCCAAAACGAAGAUUGAGACUCCACAUGGUUUGCGUGUGGUUGAUGUCACCCAUUCUUCUCUACUCCUAAGAUGGGAAAAGCUUCAAUCUCUUCCCGAUCGGUACAUUGUGAUCCUUAUUCACCCCAAUGGGAAAGAAAGGAAAUUGAGGGUCCCUGGAAAAGGAGAUAGGAUCAAAGUAACCAACCUGGACGACAACACCGAAUACAGAGUCCUUUUGAGAGCUGAGAAAGGACAGGAGCAGAGCCAAGAUGCUGAGAUCACCGGAACUACAGCUGGAGAAGAACGGACACGUCUGACUGUCGAAGAAACCCACGUAGUGCACGGACCAGUUGAGAUCUCUCAUGAAUUUGAUACAUCUGUGAAUUUACAUCCUUCAAAACAGGGAAAUCAAAAUCGCCCUGAGUUGCCUAGAAAAGAGCUCCAACAUGCAAGAGAAGAAGAGGAAAGUAAAGACACACUUACAGAUAGCCAAAAAAACAUUAGUGUCCUACACACCCGAAAGAAUAUCAAAACUAUUAUCACAACUAUAUAUGAAACACACAGGAUUAAAGGAAGCACAGUAGAUUCCUACCAUGAAUAUGAGAAUUCAGAAUAUCCCUCUAAAAUGCCAGAAAAUGAAGGAAGCAUGAGAGAAGAGGAGGGUUUAGGACACGAAAACCCAUUGGACAAGAGAGAUCGCAAACCAGGUACCAAGAUGGAAAGGUGGAUAAUUACUAAAAACAUCACACAUUUUGUACCAUCAAAAACUGAAAUCCAUACCCACUUCUAUGAUGGAGAAUCAAAAGUGUCAGAAGAUAUACAGACAACCACUAGCCUUUAUACUAAAGGGCAUAUAAGAGGCGGUGGACGGUUGUCAGAUACAUCCAGUGUUGCCAAGAAGUUGUUGGAGUUUGAGUCCUUGCGCUCCAAACCUGUAGAAAAACCAACCACAGUACCAUAUUCUGGACGAAAGGAUGUGCUGGAAAUUUCAAAAAGUGAGCUUACCACAGAACCAUCAGCAGAGAGUCAUUUAGAGUCUGUAGAGAUUGGAUUUGAAGGAGAAGAAGGCAAAGAUGAUCUUACAGACCCAACAAAAUCUAGAAAGUAUUUUACAACUACAGUCAAGGUAAAUAAAAUUGUCAAUAUUUCCAGAAAGAAAAUUGCAGGUAGAGAGGAGAAUAAUGGAAUGCACAAUGAGACGGUCAGGGAAGGACAUGCACGUGAACUGCCACUUUCAACAAAACCUAGGAACCAAGGUAGAAAAUGGAGCCCACAAAUAAAGGCUGUAAUCGAGAACCUGCCAGAAAAGUUAUCGUUGUAUAAUGGGACAUUUAUUCAGCGUUUAGAAAGCUACCUUCGAGCCACUUCAUACCCUCUUCGAGGUAACCAGACAGUUGAAUCUGUGGCCAAGGCAAUUUUUCUCUACUUGGUUAAAUGGAAACCUCAUAAUUUUACAGAUAUGGUAUAUGAUCGUCUUCCUCAAAAGACCCCAGGAGCCACUGGCAACUCUGAACCUGUAGGGGGAUCUCGAUUACAAGGCACUGUAGGGGACCCCAAGACUAGCAGUGAAACAACUGGUGAUUCACAGGUUGAAGAUGGUUUGGUCAGAAGACCAGAUUCCACUAGAACGGUAUCCACUGUUCCCAGUAUAGAGACUCUUGGAAGGGUUGAAGCAGCUGGGGACAUAAAUGUUCCAACCAUAUUAACAGUAGAUAAAUACAGACACAUCUCAGAAGAGACAGAUGAAAAUUUGAACGUCAUUGAUAGAACCCUUGGCUCAAAAGACAAAAUAAAAAGUGUAGUUGAAGUAGACUCAUCAAAAGCUUCCAACCCACCAACAGAAAGUACAGCACCACAAAAGAAAGUACCACCAUCAAAAAAGGGCACUACCCCAAAGCCAAAAACAGAAGAUGUAAAGAGAAAACAAACAUUGAUUGAAAGGUCAGACUUACAAGCUGGAAAAAUUUCAUCAGGUUCCAGUGCUCGAGAAUAUGAAAUUUUGAGAAAAACUGUUUUGGAAAGCAGUAGCACCAAUGAACCUCCGGUUUUCCAUAAAAUUAAUACAGAAUUUAUAACAGAUCAAAUCACAAAGGAAUAUCCACAUUCUCACAGCAAACAAUUACAAGAAAAAACAGGUGAUAGUCAUUCAAGUAACUCUAGAAAAAAAGACUCUUAUAAAACAACAACAAUACAUGAAGUAGUAAAGGAAGAGAAUGUGCACAGAGUGCUGGUAGGUGGGAUUAUACCAAACAGUCAGAUUCCGACCCAAGAAACAACACAUGCCAUUCACGAGACCUAUGAAACUGAAGACAAGUCUUUAGUGAUCAAUCAAAUUCUAGGGUCUGGAGAAGACCAGGGUAAAACUGGCCCCAUACAAAGCCCUAUUGUUCUAAAUGUCCCAAGCCCUGGAUCACAAGGAAGACCCAGCAUACAUCAGAGGAAUCCCACUAGCAUUGUGAUAUCAUUAGAAGGUCUUGGGUUCGUAUGGGACAAGGCAGUCAUCAUUUAUAGUCCAUGGCCACCAUCUGCUGAUGCAACUCCUUAUCAAAUUGUAGUGGAAAGAGGAGUCAAGCAGGUGGAAAUUGGAGAUCUAGUCCCAGGAACUAGCUACAGAAUUGAUCUCCAUGGGAUGCUGAGGGGCCGCUCAUCUAAGUCCUACUCACUGGUGGUUGACACAGCUCCAUUAACCACAACCACUACACCGCACAUUGAAGAGACCACUCGACCUUCGUAUACAACCACCUCAACCAAAGCCACAGUACGACCUCCUGGACUCAUUGCUCCAAUGGGUGGCCUGCAAGUUCAAGAUGUCACAAGUAACAGCGUUACGUUAAUAUGGAAGGCCAGGAUUGGUAUCUUUGAGUCCUUCCUAAUCCGCUAUGAGGAUGUGACUGAUAGUUUGGGACUAAGAGAGAUUACUGUCCCAGGAGACCAAAGAGAGGUGACAUUACAGGACCUGAGUCAGAACACCAGAUAUGCAAUAACGCUGUACGGUGUGCGAGGAGGGAAGCUAUCACGCCCUCUAACGGAGGAAGUGACUACAGAAUCUUCUCCAGAUAGAGGAACACCACCCCGCCUUUCCCCCCUUUCUGUGUCUGAAAUCCGCACAGAUUCCUUCCGUGUGACGUGGGAACCUCUGGAUGGAGAUUUUGAUGCCUAUGUAAUACAGUAUGGACCACCUGGAGGACCGUUCCAAGAGGAUACCCUAAGAGGGGACGAGACGACAUUUCUCAUCACGGGGCUGGUUGCUGAGGUUAAUUACACGGUGGAGCUUCGGGGGGUUUUGGGAGACAGUUACAGCGAACCAGAGUCAACAUUUGUUUUCACAGAAAAGCCGAGCCCUCCUCGUCUGGAGUCUCUAUCCCUCUCUGACGUCCGCAGUGAUUCGGUCCAUCUUACCUGGGUGGUCUCAGGUGGAGAUUUCGACUCCCUUCUUAUAUUUUAUCGGGAUGGAGAAGGAAACCCUAGAGAAAUUGAACUAGAAAGCGAUUUGAGAUCCUUUGAUGUGAAGGAACUAAAACCUGGAAAGAAAUAUAAAUUUUUCUUAUAUGGUUUAACUGAUGGAAAGAAGAGUAAACCAGUGACAGCAGAAACCAGCACAGAGAAGGCCAUGCCUCCACGCCUGGAGUCCUUCUCAGCUUCUGACGUCUACAGUGUGUCAGUCCGUCUUUCUUGGGAAGUCACUGGUGGAGAAUUUGACACGUUUCUCCUUAUGUACCGCGAUGCCGAAGGAAAAAUGCAGGAAGUUACUCUUGAUGAGCACCAACGUUCUACAGAGGUUGAAAACUUGAAGCCUGGAAAGAGAUAUAAGUUUAUUCUCUAUGGGAUUUCAGGAGGAAAGAGAAGCAAAGCAUCCAUAGUUGAGACCACCACAGUGCCAAGAAAAGUUGCUCCGUCACCUGCUUCUCUCUUGCAUGCCCGCCUGGUCAAGCUUGUGGUAUCUGAUGUGACCCAGGAAACCAUAAAGUUAUCAUGGACAGUGGAAGGAAAUGUUCCUUUUGACUUCAUUAUAGUCCAAUGCCGUGAUCCUGAUGGUAGAAUUAGAGAAAUUGAGAUUUCAGGAGAACACACCAGCACCAUUGUCCAAGGUCUGCUUCCAGCUAGCAGAUAUGAAUGCAAUGCCUAUGGUCUAAGAGGGGAGAAGAGAAGCAUGCCCUUAUCCACAGAGGUUACGACAGCAAGAAUUCUUGAAACACAAGGUCCUCCUAUCGACAGUGACCUAUACCUAUCUCCACAUGGUCCACAUGCCAUUCACGUCUCUUGGGAGGCUCCAGAAGGUGAAUUUGAUUCCUUUAUUGUUCGAUAUGCUGUCCAAGGUCAAGAAGAGUCUUCCAAUACAGUGACAAUUGAGGGCACAGAAAGGACCAUCCUUUUGUCGGGUUUACAACCAGAUACCAUCUACACAGUUAAACUGCUCCGCAUCCUAAACGGAAAAGAAGAUAGUAGUCUUCAAGCUACUGGAAAGACGGGGCCUCUAGAUUUGGAAGCUCCUAAGAAACUUAAAUUCACCAACAUUGAGGAGACCUCAGCCAUUGUUAGUUGGGACCCACCAAAUCCUGAAACAACCACAUUUAAAGUGUCCUAUCAACUGGCCGAUGGAGGAGAACCUGAGAGCAUUAGUGUCGCUGGAACCAGCACCCAAUUGAAACGUCUCAUCCCAGGAACCCAAUAUGAGGUCACUGUGGUGUCCGUGCGGGGAUUUGAGGAAAGUCAGCCCAUGACAGACUUCUUUACCACAGCUGGAGGUGGUCCUCGCUCUUUGCGGGCCCAUGACGUCACAGAAGUGUCAGCUCUCCUGCGCUGGGAAGCUCCUACAGGACCUGUGGACAAAUAUUUGGUCACUUACAGAGCAGAAAAUAUCCCCUUGGUCACUGUACCAGUUUCUGGUGAUAGAACCGAGUUCCCUCUGACUGGUUUACAUCCUCACACUGAAUACUUUGUCAGUGUGCAAAGUUCGCAAGGAUCCAUGACCAGCGCACCAACGUCCACAUCAUUCACCACUAGUGCAGACACUCCUCGGGAUCUCACAGCUACUCAGAUCACGGCUCGCAGUGCACUGCUUACAUGGAAAGCUCCAGAUGCCAUGCCUGAUGGGUAUCUGUUGACCUAUCAAACACCAGAGGGUGAAAUUAAGGAGAUUCGUCUGUUGCCUCAUCUUUCGUCCUUCACGAUAAGCCAACUCAAUCCUUUGACUCAGUAUCGAGUCCAGCUUAAAGCCCUAAGAGGUAGAACAAGCUCUGCUCCCAUCUCAACCUCUUUCACCACAGUUCGCAUAAGGUUCCCAUAUCCCCGGGACUGCUGGGAGCAGAGGAUGAAUGGAGAAGUUCAGAACGGUACUUCUACCAUAUAUCUAGGAGGAGACAAAGGAAAGACGUUGACAGUGUUUUGUGACAUGGAGACUGAUGGAGGAGGAUGGAUUGUCUUCCAGAGAAGGAUGGAUGGGAGCACAGACUUCUACCGGGAGUGGGAUGAUUAUAAGAAUGGGUUUGGUAACCUGACCUCUGAGUUCUGGCUGGGUAACAUUGCUCUACACCAGAUCUCCUCUUCAGGCUCCUAUGAGUUACGUGUGGAUCUCAGGUCUGGAGAAGAGGCUGCCUAUGCCCUGUAUGAUGAUUUCCGUGUGGAGGCUGAAAAAGAGAACUUCAGACUGAGGCUUGGACAAUACAGAGGAGAUGCAGGAGAUUCCAUGAGCUAUCACAACAAUAUGAUCUUCUCUACACGUGACCGAGACGCUCUGCGGAGAAUCCUUCCAUGUGCUAUGUCAUAUCGGGGAGCAUGGUGGUACAGAAACUGCCACUAUGCCAAUCUCAAUGGCUUAUACAACAACAACAAAGACCACCAGGGUGUAAAUUGGAAAACGUGGAAAGGUUUUGAGUUCUCCAUUCCCUUCACCGAGAUGAAAAUGCGCCCUCGGGGAGUGGGCAACCGGCGCCGAUUUUAGAUCUACAACCUUCUAUGGAACCACUAAACUGAAAACUGGAAGCAAUGUGACACCUCCUGCAACCUUAACAUACAGUCCAUCCUUCCAGGAUACUCAGACUUGGCAGAAACUCCAAACCUUUCAGAAUCGGACUGGCUUUAUCAUGCAACAAAGUAUAUGUAUUAUACUAUUAGAAUAAAAAAAUGGGGACAGUAAUUGCAGGAAGGAGACAUUGAAACAAAGUCAGAAAUGUACAGUAUAUAGGGAAUAUUAUGGGUUAAGGAAAGGUGCCCCACUACAGUGCCAAUUUUUGACACCAAAGAGUAGUGUAUAUUUUCACCUUUAUGAAACUUAGCCAAUAGCUAACAGUGCAGUUCCUCUGGAGAGGCAAGUCCUGCAUAAGUCUUGCCACCCCAUAGCAAAGGAUCACCAGGGCUGGGCCCCCUCUCUACAAGAGUCACCAGGGCUGGGUGCUCUCUCUCAAAGGAUCUCCAGGGCUGGGUCCUCUCUGUCCAAGGGUCACCAGGGCUAUGCCCUCUCUGUCCAAGGGCACGGGGCUGGGCCCUCUCUCUCUCCAAGUGACCAAAGAUGGGUGCACUCUCUCCAAGGGUCACCGGGGCUCGGAACUCUCUCAUCAAGAGUCACUGGGGCUGGGCCCUCUGUCUCCAAGGAUCACCAGGGCUGGGUGCCUGCUCUCCAAGGGUCACCAGGGCUGGGCACUCUCUCAUCAAGAGUCACCGGGGCUGGGCCCUCUGUCUCCAUGGAUCACAUGGUCUGCCUCUGAGUAGAAUGCACAAUGAAGAAUGAGUUAAUGAAUGGCAAAAAGAUGACCAUAGAGCAGUGGGAGUAAACUCAAGAUCUAAGAUAUAGAAUAAAACAAUAGUGAGCUAAAUUGUAGGAUAAUGUCACAUGCCGGAGGCCCAAGGCCAGCCUGCAUGGCACCAGAGACAUGAGCCACAGAGAUAUAGACUCGGGAAUCCACAAACACAGGCCACAGUUCACACACUACACCGCAGCCAGCAAGCAGUUCCAAGCAACCAGCAUACACAGGUGUCUAGCCUGCAGCCAGUACGCGAGGGAGCCUGCAGCCAGCUUGCACGGCAACAGCGAUAAGAACUGCAUAGAGAAGCAGACAUGGGGAGAGCAAACAAUCACAGGCAGCAGUUCCACAAAACACCGCAGCCAGCACGUAGCCCGAAGCAACCAGCAUACACAGGAGACAGCCUGCAGCCAGUUCACGAGAGGGCAUGCAGCCAGCCUACAUCGCCAAAAUUGUCAUAGUGAACCUCACCGUGACAGAUAAAGUAUGUCAAAAAUCCAGAUAUUGUGGAUGUAUAUAGAUGUAAAUGCAAUUUUAGUAGUUCUAGAAGUAAAAAAAUGUAAAGAGGGGCUGCAACCCCGAGGAUGAAGUCUGUGGUAAGAGGAGCGUGUCACAGAGUCAAUAAGAAGAUGGUGGUAGGAGUAGGGCCGUGGUUCUAACCUAUCCCUGCCACCAAUAUAUAAAUAGAUAUAUAUAGCAAAAUGGAUAAACUGUCUAUUUUUAUAAAAGCACAGCAUUGGAGGGACAUUAUGGGAGGGAAGAGAUGAGGAAAGUCUGUUCUGCAAAGCGCUUCAAAUAAAACCUGAUGGGACAUGA